GGGUGGAGCUCUAGGCGAGCUGCUGAGGAGAGAAUGAGUUAAAUGCAGCAGGCAUUAUUAACAUUAUCAUACUGUGCUCAAGAUAUUCUCACAUAUUGCUGUGUUUUCCUGCUCUGAGCUAUCGUUUAGUUGUGAAAACGACCGUUCUUCUUCCUGUUUUCUGUAGCAGUUAGCUGAUCAGCAAGUGCAUCUCAUGAUCACGUCUUUUGUGUGCCAAAGCUUUGCCUCGUUAUGCUGCCUCCGUUGAUUUCAGUGCACAGUUGGUAGGUGCGUUCGGAGACGGUGCAUCCUGCUCCGACAACAAAGGCACACACUGCGCUUUUAUACUGAUUAAUUAAUCCUACACAUCGUAAAUAAAGGAUAAACCUGGCAUGGCUUCCCUUAGUCUGGGGUUGAAUUUAACCCGAAAAAAGAGUAUUUCCAGAAAUACUGCAGUGGAAAAGAAGAAUCUCAUUACCGUAUGCAGGUUUUCAGUGAAGACCCUCAUUGACCGGUCUUGCUUUGAAACAAUUGAUGACUCAUCUCCUGAAUUUGUGAAUUUUGCUGCCAUACUAGAGCAAAUACUGAGUCACAGAUUAAAAGGUCAGAUCACGUGGUUUGGCUAUGAGAGCCCACGGAGUUUCUGGGAUUACAUUCGUGUGGCCUGCAAUAAGGUUCCACAUAACUGUAUUUGUAGCAUAGAGAAUAUGGAAAAUGUCAGCUCUUCAAGGGCCAAGGGAAGAGCCUGGAUAAGAGUAGCACUAAUGGAAAAACGACUUUCAGAAUACAUUUCCACAGCUCUGAGAGACACAAGAACCACCAGGAGAUUUUAUGAAGACGGAGCAAUUGUCCUAGGAGAAGAAUCAAACAUGUUUGCUGGUAUGCUGUUAGGGCUCAACGCUAUUGAUUUCAGUUUCUGUCUCAGAGGAGAAGGCCUGGAUGGCACCUUUCCAGCAGUCAUUGACUAUACGCCCUACUUAAAGUUUACACAAAGUUCGGACAGCAUCAGCAGUGAUGAAGAGGAGCUGCGAACACUAGGCAGUAGUGGCAGCGAAAGCAGCACGCCAGAAAAUAUUGGUCCACCUUUCAUCAUGGAUGAAAAUAGCUGGUACAACAAAUGCAAAAGAGUUGAACAGAAGUACAAACUGGCCCUGGAACAAAAGGGUUACUUAGAGGAGCUGGUACGUCUUCGAGAAGCUCAGCUUUCCGAAUCUUUUGCACAGAAUAAACUUCUUAUUCAGAAAAUUGAGAAAAGCAGUGAAAACCACAAGCUAGAAAAACAGCAACUUGAAUACAUCAUACUAGAGCUACAGCACCAGUUGACUAUAUUGAAGAAUAAUGACUCACGAUCGAGACAGGAGUUAACCUCACAUCUUACCAAUCUGUGGCCUUCCCCUGGUGUCCUAGAUGCUAAUGCUGUUGCCCUGGAUACACUGUUAUAUCAAAAGCAAAGUGAGAAGUGGCAUGAAAAGAGUUUUCCAAGUCUGGAGCAUCUUUCAGCAGAGAUCAGCCUUUCUCAAACAUCUUUAGAUCCUGGCAAUUUACAGGAUGAUGACAGAAAGAAAGAUGAGGCACAUUUACCGAUAGAAGGAAAAGAAGAAACUCCUUCACUGCUUGGCCUUUGUGGCUCUCUGACCUCAAUGGCGAGUUACAAAUCCCUCACCAGCCUGAAAUCCAAUGAAUGUCUAACAAGCCCUAUCGCAGAUAUAACAAGUCCAGGAUUGAGUCCAUCCUGAAAUGUACAGAAGGAUACUGAGGAAAAGCUGCAAAACUGGGUGCACUAGAGCUACAUUCCAUCAUUUUAUAGCUGUGGACAACCUACUGAUUUAUCAGCUGUUAAAGUGACAAAAAAUCAUGUUUGCUGCUUUGUUUUAUUGCACUGUCUGUUAAACAACAAGUGAACAAACUACAAUGAGUCAUGGCAGUAACCUGUUUUAGAAUCAAGUUUCAAAAAAAUAUUUAUUUUCUUCAUGGCUGUGUUGCCCAGUUUUUUUUUUUCUUUUUGUUUUCAUUCAACUGUUGCCAUUCAAUAUGUUUUACUAAAUGGCAAUCUACAGAAAGGUAUGAAUUUUGAUCCUUUUUAGGCAAAAAUAACUACAGUACAAAUAAUACAAUUCUAGCAGCACAAAAUGAAAUACUAGUAACAGAAGUGCAAGCAUUUUCUCGUCUGUGGUUUCCACAAGGAAGCAGUUUUACUUAGUGUGCUAAAUAACAUGCAGCUGAAAGUAAGAUGUUUUGAUUCCUUAUACUGUCUCCUGGAGUCAGGUGAUUCAAGUAUGUAUGUGCGUGCGUGUGUGCGUGUGCGUGUAUGUGUGUGCGUUUCCUUAAAACAAUGUAUGCUUGCUUGUCAUAAAGUAAAAACAUAAGAAUCUUGUGUCUCUAUGUACAGCUGGUAUUUUAAACUUUUUACAAACUGUGCAAACUGAUAAUAUGAAGUAUUAUAACAUUAACAUAAACCUGUCCUGAAACCUACCAUUAAGACACACUGAAAUACAAUGAUGUCUGCUUACGGUGUAAAAAUCUACUUGGGUCACAUAUUGUAGAAAAAUGUAUUUUUAACUUUAAAGUGCCUAUCAUAAGAUCCCUGUUAACACUCUUCAUUAACAGAUGUGUGACCAGUAAGACAAGCAGUUUUCCUACAGAAAACAACAUCAAAAGACAAUGUUACCAGAGUAGGAGCUCAAGAACAUUCUAGAAUCAGUUGUGAAUGAAACAUACAGUGCCAAAGGUAUUAAAUAAGCUAUCAACUGUUGACUUGAGCAUUAAACACAAGCCAUGUCUAUUAUUAUUUAAACGUGCCUGAGAUUAUGCAUGGUAAAACUAGAAUGUUUGUUAUUCAUGUAUUGAAUCUUUAAAGCACUCAUGGUCUUAAACACAAGGCCCUGAGGCGAAAAUAAAAUGAAGUUAAUAAAUACUUUAGCUAACCUAAAUAAGAUUGUAAGAGAUUGUACAGUGACUUCAUGGAAAUGAAUGUAAUGAAGAGAGCAGCAGUAUUACCCGUUUACAUUAAUGACACAUAUAUGUUUUUAGCACUGUUUCUUCCACCCGUGGGCUUUGUCAGAUGAAUGUGUAUACAUAGAAAGGGUAGCAGUAUGACCCCUGGAAGACGUUACAAAUUGCUUUCACAAUGCAUUUUUCCAAAUGGUUACAUGUUAGAAUGUGACAUGGGUUAAACUGUGAAAUGGCAAACAGCCAAUCCACAAGCAUCAGAAGUGUUAAAAACGAAUACCUGAAG